AUUAUGGUUAUUUUUUGACAGUUCUCUACUUGGAAGGAGUAGUGCCUGGCUGCAAUCUUCACGUAUUCAACGCAAAAAAUAAAGCGGCAGAAAAACAAAAGGGAAAAACUUUCCCUUUCGCCAAACGAAAUAAAGUGUGGAAGUCAGAUUUUCCUUUGGAUUCCUUAGUUCUAUUUUGCGCUUCUGUGGCUUUCUGGGCGGAAGUUCUGACUUGGGUCUCUAAGUUUCAGCCAGAUUUGUUAUGAUUUUUCGUUCGGUUACUUUUCCAAGUGCUUCAAACUUCAACAGAGAGAUUCUGUUCGAUGGCGCAGUUUGAAAGUUGUCCCAGCUAAUAGUUCUGCGUUUAGAUCAGAAUUCAGAAGCUUUUCCUUUUUCUUCCUUUUUGUUCCCACCAAUCUUUGCUGCGUUUGAGUGUUGAAAAGAGGGACUUAUCUGGCUAUUGUGGAGAUCUUGUUUCAUAUCUUAUGCCCGAUGAAAACUUUCUUUCCAUAUGAGUCGUGUAAAGAAACACAGCUCAAUGGUCUCAAUCCGCAGUCAUGGCUCCAAGUUGAAAGAGGCAAGCUUUCAAAAUUCUCUUCGCACUCAUCUUCUUCCAUAGAAUCUCUUAUCAGGGUACCUGAGCCACCAAUUCUACCAUUCUUUAAACCUCUUGAUUAUGUGGAAGUUCUAGCUCAAAUUCAUGAAGAACUUGAGUCAUGUCCUCCACAUGAUAGAUCGAGUCUCUAUUUAUUACAGUUUCAGGUCUUUAGGGGGCUCAACGAAGUCAAACUGAUGCGGAGGAGCCUCCGCUUGGCUUGGCAGAAGGCAACCACUGUUUAUGAAAAAUUCAUCUUUGCAGCAUGGUUGAAGUAUCAGAAGCAAGGAGAGGAGCUCAUUGCUGACUUGCUUGCCUCUUGCAGUAAAUGUGCCCAGGAGUUUGGGCCCAUAGACAUUGCAUCUGAGCUUCCUACUAAUUUAAAUAGUAGUUCUCAAGAGUCUAUUGGGUUUAAUGAGAACCAGAUUUCAAGAACUGUGAUUUUCCAAAUUGGUAAUGAUAAGAUAACCUGUGAUAGGCACAAGAUUGCAAGAUUGUCGGCUCCAUUUCGUGCUAUGCUAAAUGGUUGUUUCACAGAAUCACAUUCUGAAUGCAUAGAUUUUUCUGAAAACAAUAUUUCCUCUUCGGGUAUGAGGGCAAUCAGUGAGUUCAGCACAACAGGCAGGUUAAAUGAAGUGCAUCCAAAUAUUUUGCUUGAAAUCUUGAUGUUUGCAAACAAAUUUUUUUGUGAAAGGCUUAAAGAUGCUUGUGACAGGAAGCUUGCAUCUUUAGUUUCCUCCAGAGAAGAUGCAGUGGAACUAAUGGAAUAUGCUCUUGAAGAGAAUUGCCCUGUUCUUGCUGCCUCCUGUUUGCAAGUGUUCCUGCAAGAACUUCCUGAUUGUUUGAAUGACAAUCGGGUAGUGCAGCUACUAACCAAUGCUAGAAGACAACAGAGGUCGAUCAUGGUUGGACCUGCCUCAUUUUCUUUAUACUGUUUGUUAAGUGAAGUGGCUAUGAACCUGGAUCCCCAAUCAGACAAAACAGCUUGUUUUUUGGAACAGUUGGUGGAGUCUGCUGGAAGUAGCGGACAGAGACUAUUGGCAUUUCAUCAGUUGGGAUGCAUGAGGCUUCUGAGGAAGGAGUAUGAUGACGCUGAGCAGCUCUUUGAAGCAGCUUUUAAUGCAGAUCAUGUUUACUCCAUUGCAGGUUUGGCCAGAAUUGGUUCCAUCAAGGGCCACAAGUGUUGGUCCUAUGAGAAGCUCAGCUCUGUGAUUUCCUCUGUUAACCCACAAGGUUGGAUGUAUCAGGAGAGAUCGCUAUACUGUGAAGGUGAUAAGAGGUGGGAAAACCUUGAGAAGGCAACUGAGUUGGACCCGACAUUGACAUACCCGUACAUGUAUCGAGCGGCAUCUUUGAUGAGGAAACAAAAUGUUCAAGCUGCUCUUGGAGAAAUCAAUCGAGUGCUUGCCUUCAAACUGGCACUAGAAUGCUUGGAACUCAGGUUUUGUUUCUAUCUUGCACUUGAGGACUACGAAGCUGCCUUUUGUGAUGUUCAAGCAAUCCUGACACUUUCUCCAGAUUAUAGGAUGUUUGAAGGACGAGUGGCAGCGUCGCAACUCCAUACUCUUGUGCGUGAGCAUGUCAAGAAUUGGACUGCAGCAGAUUGUUGGUUGCAAUUAUAUGAUCGUUGGUCUUCAGUUGAUGAUAUUGGGUCCCUCUCUGUUAUUUACCAGAUGCUUGAAUCUGAUGCUGCAAAAGGUGUUCUAUAUUUCAGGCAGUCCUUGCUUCUUCUUAGGUUGAACUGUCCAGAAGCAGCUAUGCAAAGUUUGCAGAGGGCUCGUCAGCAUGCUUCAAGUGAGCAUGAACGCCUGGUUUAUGAGGGAUGGAUCUUAUAUGAUACAGGUCAUUGUGAGGAAGGGCUUCGGAAAGCAGAGGAGUCUAUUAGAAUCAAGAGAUCUUUUGAGGCCUUUUUCCUAAAAGCAUAUGCUUUAGCAGACUCCAGCCAGGAUUCCUCUUGUUCGUCAACAGUUGUUUCACUUCUUAAAGAAGCCUUGAGUUGUCCUUCAGACAGGCUUCGGAAAGGUCAGGCCUUGAACAAUCUUGGGAGUGUGUAUGUUGACUGUGAACAAUACGAUUUGGCUGCUCUUUGCUACAUUGAUGCCAUUAAAAUCCGGCACACUCGAGCACACCAGGGCCUUGCUCGGGUUCAUUACCUUAAAAAUGACAAGAAGGCUGCAUAUGAGGAAAUGACUAAACUGAUAGAAAAGGCGCAGAACAAUGCAUCUGCCUAUGAGAAGAGGUCGGAGUACUGUGAACGUGAACGCGCACAAUCUGAUUUGGAAAUGGUCACCCGAUUGGAUCCCCUUCGCAUCUACCCUUACAGAUAUCGAGCUGCAGUGCUGAUGGAUAGCCACAAGGAGACGGAAGCCAUUGCAGAACUGUCAAGGGCAAUCGCUUUCAAAGCUGAUCUUCAACUUCUACACCUGCGGGCUGCGUUCUAUGAGCACGUUGGAGAUGUUUUGGGGGCUGUACGUGACUGUCGAGCUGGGCUCUCUCUUGAUCCUACCCAUCAAGAAAUUCCCGAAUUUCACAGCCGUUUAGACUGCCGAGAUCUAUAAGUCCAUGGCCAAUUGACCACCCGCCCAAACCGAAAAAAAGAAAAAAAGAAAAAAAAAAGGUAAAUUGUAUGGUCAAUCGUGUGUGCUGGUGAGUGGGUCCGUCUAACAACUCGCUGCCAUUUUCUUUCUUUUUCUUCUUUUCUUUUUCAAUUUUCAAUUUUUGUAAUUUAUGCCUCUGGAAUUCUGGUAUAUAAUUUUAUUUUAUUGAUUUUAAAGCUAUCCCAGCCUUUUCCCUUCA